GUCUUGUUAUAAAAAUAGCUUAUUAUUUCGUACUCCACAUAAAGAAAAUAACUCCUCUCUUUUUCCUCUCUCUCUCUCUUCUUCUCUUCUUCUUCUCUUCUUCUCUUUUAUAUUUUUCUGUUUUUUUAUUUGCUGUUCUUCUUAUAUAUCCCCACGAAUACAUCAGCAUGCAAGAAGACUCGCGCACAGACCUUGUCUCUCUUUACAAUGUUGGCGGUUCCGUACCAACAGAAGACACCAUAUCCAAUUUAUUGGCAAACAGAUAUAAACGUAACCUGCCUUACACACAACUCGGUUACUCUAACUUGGUUGUCGUCAACCCUUAUCAGCACCUGGAACUGUUAAACGACGCUACUUUAAAAUCAUAUGCUGAGAUUGGAUAUAAAGACUUGUCUGAAGGCAAGCAAUCAUUACAACCUCAUGUUUAUGAACUCGCUACCAGAGUCUAUUUCCAUAUGAGAAGAACCGGUGAAGAUCAAAGUGUUAUUUUAAGUGGUAUUACGGGAUCCGGAAAAAGUACUACGAGAACCCAUUUUCUUUGUGAACUUUUACAACUGUCCACUCAUAACAAGCGAGAGACGAAACUUUCGAGCCAAAUCCAAAACGCCCUAGUAAUUAUUGAGGCUUUUGGUCAUGCACGCACAACUCAAAAUACGUCUGCUUCCAAGUUUGGUAUGUUCCAGGAAGUCCAGUUUAAUGAACGAGGUCGUAUUUUAGGUACCAAGACAAUGGCUUACCAGUUUGAUAAAUCAAGAGUCACACAGGUACCCCAACAUGAACGUACCUAUCAUGUCUUUUAUUCUCUCAUGGCCGGUACCUCUAUCGACGAAAAAAAUGCCCUCCAUAUCAAUUUUAAGCCCGAAUAUUUUAAUUAUCUCUCCCAAUCCAAUUGUAUUUCUACCCCUGAUUGGAACGACGAAAUUAGAUUUGCCGAUUUAAAAAGUGCUCUUAAAUUAUGUGGCUUCAAGGCAAAAACAGUAACUCAGAUAUUUCAACUCUUGGCCGCUAUCCUUCACAUCGGUAACCUUCAGUUCAUGGAAGGCACUGAAACACUGGCUCAAGAAGCUUGUAUCGUCAAAAACACAGAUGUUCUCGAUAUCGUCGCUGUCAUGUUGGGUGUUUCCCCCUCUAAAUUGGAAAUGUGUUUGACCUACAAACUCAAAUUGAUCGGUAAAGAAGUAUGUACCAUGUUCCUCAACCCUCAAGCUGCUUCAGAACAACGAGAUGAUCUUGCUCGUGCGCUCUACAACGUCUUGUUCUUGUGGAUUGUCGAAUCUAUCAACAGAAAGGUGUGUUACACAGGCACGGAACAACCCACCAAUGUCGUUGGUAUCAUGGAUCAAUUCGGUUUCCAAAACUUUAGUGUCAACACUUUUGAAGAAUUCUGUGUCAAUUUCGCCAACGAACGUAUGCAUCAUUUCUUGGUCAAUGAAAACUUUGGAAACGAUCAAGGUAUCCAUGCCAUCAUGUUGCGUGAUGGUGUUCCUUUACCCACAGUCAAGGUUACCGAUAACUCUGCUUGUCUUGAAUUAUUGAUCGGUAAAGAUAAGAAGCAACUGAUUGAAGAUGCCGUCAGUGGAGCUGAAAAGAAGGAAAAACUCAACAAAUCUUCUUCUUUGGGCUUAACUGGUGUGGUUGGAUUAAUGGAUAGAGAUACAGCUAGACUUCAAAGUGGUGUCAGCGAUGCCACCAACGCUAACUUCUUGGCCACUUUACAACGUCAAUUCUCUAGUCACCCUUCAUUAUCAAGAGGAUCACAAACUUAUUCAUUUGGUAUCAACCAUUUCUCUGGCACCGUUCAUUACUCGGUCGACAACUUUUUAGAAAAGAAUUUGGAUGAUCUUUCACCGGAUUUCGUCAAUAUGCUUAGAGAAAGUAGUUCGAAUUCCUUCUUGUCAGGUUUAUUCCAAGGUACUGCCAUGGCCACCGAAUCACAUCCCAAGGAUGACCGUACCAUUGUGAAGGCACAAUUGUCUCGUAAACCUACACGUGCACCUUCCAUGCGACGAAAGCCUACCAAGCGUCGACCUAACGCCGCCGGUGCCACCACUGCUACUGGUGAGUCUAACCCCAUACCCGAAGACAACAAUAGCAAGGAAAUGCAAAUCAAAAAAGCCGAAGAAGCUUAUGAAAACAUGGAACAAAUGACCGUGGUAGACCAACUGUAUAUUACACUACGCGAUAUCACUUUUUCCAUGGCAGAUACCAAGAUUUACAACAUUAUACAUAUUCGUCCCAACGAUAGUCAAUCACCCGAAUACGAUCAUAAUCGUGUUCGGUCCCAAAUUCGGGCUUUCCUCUUACCCGAUUUAGUCAUACGCCAUCAGUACGAGUAUGCAAACUUUUAUACAGUGGAUGAGUUCGAGGAGCAUUAUAGUGGUUUCCUCACCUCUCUCAAUAUGACCGGAUCGACUGCCAAGGAGAGAAUACAACAAGCUUGUGUGGCCAUGCAUUGGUCCCCGCAAGCAGUAUACGUUGGUCAUGAAAUGGUCUGGUUAAACUAUCAGGUCUGGAAACAAUUAGAGGAUGGCUUACGCUCACUUGAAAAAGAAGAUCGUGCUCGUGCCAAGGGACUUCUUCCUCCCGCGACAGAAGGCGGUGAUGCUAGUCAAGGUCCGAUUUCGGAAGCAAGUUACGAUGCACAAGGUCAAAGAAUGUUGGCUCCCUAUGGCUAUGCUCAACAAAUGAAUGAUCCUUAUUUACAUUCUCCUGAUCACGGUUUUGAAGAUAAUGCUAGUUACGCAUAUAGUGAAGAUAAACGUGAAGCAGAUGGAAGUCAAUGGGGUGAAGAAUCCGAAUGGGGCAUGAAUGUGCUUUCUGAAGGAUUUGGUCCUAAUAUGGAUAUGAGUAAAAUGAUUGAAGAUGUACAAGUACCUCAAAUUGAAAAUAUUGAAGAAGUCCCAAUCACAUCUGUUCGUCGAUGGUGGGUGCGCUUCGUCUGGCUUUGUACGUUUUGGAUCCCCUCAUUCUGUCUUAGUCUUUGUGGUAAAAUGAAACGUUCGGAUAUUCAAAUGGCAUGGCGUGAAAAGGUCACACUUUGUAUGGUCAUUGGUAUUAUCUCGGGUAUCAUCUUAUUUGUCAUUGUCGGUCUUGGUGAAGUCAUCUGUCCCGGUACCAAAAACAUGUAUUCUACAGUAAAUGUGCAACAACACAAUACCGAAGUAGAUAAUUAUAUCAGUUUUAGAGGUGUAGUCUAUGAUAUUACUAAGUUUGCAAAGUCAAACCAUGGUGUGACGGGUCUCAUCGCUAGCCCAGAUGGUAUGACCAUAUUGGCAGGUAUGGAUCUCACCGGUUCUAUUGCCCCUCCUUUGACUGCCGCCUGCGCUGGUUUGGUCACUAGUGCCGCAAUCAAGAUUCAAUAUAAUUACACUGUCAACUUGGCUUCUACUUUCCUUCAUUAUUCCGGUGAUCAAUACGAUCCUAGCGCCCCUAUUGCCAUGAAGGCAGAUAAUUGGUACACAGCUGUCUUUAUGAAAAGAAUGAAUGAACAAAAGAAGGGAAUCUUGGUACAUAGUCUUGCUAACAUUGCUGCCGAUGCCGAAGGUUGGGGUCGUUCUGCCAUGGCAAUUGGAAACAAAGUGUAUGAUAUUACCGAUUACCUGACUACCAUCACACAAUUGGGUGACAAUUACAAGUUUUUACCUGAUGAGUUGACCGCCUUGUUUAGCAAGUAUAAGGGAGCAGAUGCUCAAUCCUUUUGGGCAGAUGCUAUGGCACCUAAUUCAGCUGAAGUACAACAAGAAUCCAUGAACUGUCUUAACAACUUUUUCUAUAUUGGUGAUGUGGAUCCUCGUGAUACACCUGCUUGUAUGUUCACCAAUUACAUGUUGUUAACCGCUGCUGUUCUCAUGUGUUUUGUGGUCCUUGUCAAAUUUUUGGCCGCCCUUCAAUUCGGAAGUGCACCUACUCCUGAAGAUCAUGAUAAAUUUGUCAUCUGUCAAGUUCCCUGUUAUACCGAAGAUGAAGAUUCCUUGAAAAAGACCAUUGAUUCUCUUACAGUGAUGAAAUACGAUGAUAAACGUAAAUUGUUGUUUAUUAUUGCUGAUGGUAUGGUUAUGGGUAGUGGUAACGAUCGUCCUACACCUCGUAUAGUGCUUGAUAUUCUCGGUUAUGAUACCAAGAACGAUCCUGAGCCUCUCAUGUUCAAAUCCGUAGGUGAAGGUGCUAAACAAUUGAAUUAUGGUAAGGUCUAUUCUGGUCUGUAUGAAUGUGAAGGUCAUGUCGUACCUUAUAUUGUUGUUGCCAAGGUCGGUAAGGCCUCUGAACGUGCUAAACCUGGUAAUCGUGGUAAACGUGAUUCUCAAAUGAUCUGUAUGAGUUUCCUUAACCGUGUCCAUUUCGAUGGUGAAAUGACCCCUAUGGAAUUGGAAAUGUAUCAUCAAAUCAAGAACGUCAUUGGUGUAAACCCUUCUUUCUAUGAAUAUGUACUUAUGGUGGAUUCAGAUACGGAAGUCAUGCCUCAAUCGCUUAGUUACUUGAUCUCUUCUAUGCUUCACGAUGGUCGUAUCAUGGGUAUUUGUGGUGAAACUGCUUUAUCAAACGAAAAUGAGUCUUGGACCACCAUGAUUCAAGUUUAUGAAUACUUUAUUUCCCAUUACUUGGCCAAGGCUUUCGAAUCCCUCUUUGGUUCCGUCACUUGUUUACCUGGUUGUUUCUGUAUGUACCGUGUACGUACACCUGUCAAGAACGAGCCUCUUAUUAUCUCCCCCCUUGUUGUCCACGCGUAUGCUGAAAAUCAUGUCGAUACCCUUCAUAAGAAGAAUUUGUUGUCACUUGGUGAGGAUCGUUACUUGACCACCCUUAUGAUGAAGUAUUUCCCUCAAUACAAGAUGAAGUUUACGCCUUAUGCCAUGUGUCGUACCGUCGCUCCUGAUAAAUGGCGUGUGUUGCUCUCUCAACGUCGUCGUUGGAUUAACUCCACCAUCCAUAACUUGGCAGAAGUGGUUUUACUUCCUGAUCUUUGUGGUUUCUGUUGUUUCUCCAUGCGAUUUGUCGUUUUGCUUGAUUUGUUUGGUACUCUCUCUCUCCCUGUUUCAUUUGCUUACUUGAUUUAUUUGAUUUACGUCAUGGCAGCUCAUGCAGGUCCUUUCCCUACUUUGGCUAUGGGUAUGCUCGCUGGUCUUUACGCUCUUCAGAUCUUGAUCUUUAUCUUGAAACGUCAAUGGCAACAUAUCGGUUGGAUGUUCUUCUAUAUCUUGGCGCUUCCCAUUUAUUCCUUCUUCUUGCCUCUCUACUCGUUCUGGCACAUGGAUGAUUUCUCUUGGGGUAACACUCGUGUGGUCGUAGGUGAAAGUCAACGUAAGAUUAUUGUGACUGAUGAAGAAAAGUUCGAUGAAAAGAUGAUUCCCUUAAAGAAAUGGAGUGUCUAUGAACAAGAACUUUGGGAAAUGGGAUCUCAAGGCACACGUGAUACGGGUAUGAGCGGCAAUACGUAUAAUAGUUACAACGCAGGUGUUCCUCCUGGUUAUGAUAAUCGCAGUCAAUACAGCUCAACGUCUGGUAAUGGUGGUGAUUAUGAUUAUUAUCGUGAUGGCAAGAAGAAUGAAAAGCCUCGCUCUCGUGCAGCUUAUGCUCAUACCACUGGUACAGGUUCUGUAAUUGGAUCUGAAUACGGAGGACAUAAUGGCGGUAUGAAUCAACAAACAAUGAUGUCUGAAUAUAACCGUAGUAUGAUGGGUACACCUCCACCUGGUAUGCAGAUGCGACCCAUGUCCUAUGCAAGUUCAGCUAAUCCCGAUUAUAUGAGCCAAAUUCAACCAAUGAUGAUGGAUCCUGCUUAUGGUAUGAUGCAGUCCGAUAUGCAUGGUGCUGGAGGAGGACCUGGCAUGUAUAAUAAUACACCUUCUCAUAUGUCUGGUACAUUUGAUCAUAUGGGAGCUCCCUCACCCGCAUUUGGUAGUCGAGCUCGUAACGCAUCGUAUGAUCGCGGAAGCAACCUUUCUGCUACCAACCUGUUGGGACAACACAUAUCUGUACCCCCCAUGAUACCUGCUGGCUUCCCUACAGAUGAUGAAAUCCUUAGUGAGAUCAAAAACAUUUUGGCCACUGCUAAUCUGAUGAGCAUCACCAAGAAACAAGUGCGUGAACAACUUUCGGACAUGUUUGGCUUUGACAUGAAUUUCAAGAAAGACUUUAUCAAUAGCAGUAUUGAAUACAUCCUUCAAGGACGUUUAUAAAAUAUUAUUUUUUUACCUUUUUAGAUUCUCUCUCUCUCUCUCUCUCUCUCUCUCUUCCUU